AUGAAUCCAUUGAGGCCUGAGGGUAUUGGAGCGAGCUCGGUCAUAAUUGAGGUAAAGCCUGAAAUUUGUGAUGCAAAUUUUGACGGUGUGGAUGAACCAGCUGUGAAAGAGUCAGAACUUGUUGUUUCUAAGCCAAUGGAAGAUGGGACUGGGUCUGUCGCUUGUCUCACCAUGAAUUUGGAUGAACCAGAGUUGAAGAGAACAUAUUUGGGUUUAGCUUCUUCUAUAGAAGUAGGGUUGGAGAUGGUUAGUUUGACGGUGGAUGAUGAGGAGAAGGGGGAAAGUAGUUCUGCUGAGUCUGAGAGCGAAACCUCUAGCUCUUCUUCCAGCUCUAGUGCUAGUAGCAGCAGUGAAGAAGAAGAAGAAGAUGAGAGUGACGAGGAAGAAAGUAAUAAGGAAAAGAAGUUUGAGGAUCAUGUGGUCAUGGGGAAAGAGAAUGAUAUGGAAGGAGGACUUGAAGAAGGCGAGAUACAGAGUGUAGAUGAGGAACAUGAGGUUGAAGAUGAUGAUGAUGACGAAGAUGAAGUGGAUGAGAUGGUUGCUUGGAGCUAUGAUGAGGAUGAGGACCUUGGUUGUCAAACGAAAGAGCCUAUAAGGACAAAGAAUGAGCUCAAGGAGCUUCCUCCAGUUCCACCUGUGGAUGUCAUUCUGGAACCACAUCAUGUCACGCUUCCUCUUGGAGUUGUUCUUUCGGUAAUGAGCACACAAGUAAUAGUUGGGGGAAUGGAAAAGCAUAGUCCCUUGGCUGAAGGUUCUAUCCUAUGGAUAACUGAAAGUAGAACUCCAUUGGGGCUUGUAGUUGAGAUCUUUGGACAAGAUGGUUUCCCUUUCUAUAUUCUGAGGUUCAAUUCAGAGAACGAAGUGCCGAAGGGGUUUAGUGAAGGUACACCUGUCUCAUUCGUCGCUGAGUACGCUCAACAUAUUCUCAAUAUCAAGGAACUGCAGAAGAAAGGUUACGAUGCGUCUGGAGAUAACGACGAGGAGAUAUCCGAGGAGCUUGAGUUCUCAGAUGAUGAAAAAGAAGCCGAAUACAGAAGAUUGCAGAAGAUGGGAGAGAGAGGAAUGAUGAAUGACCAGAAACCGGUAACACAAGAAAAAAGAAGAAAAAAAAACCAAGAUCGAGAAAGGUCUACAAGCAGUUACUCAGGGGAAUUGACAGAGAACCUUUAUAAACUCUAUAACCAUUUAUCAACUCUUAUAAUAUUAUUUAUAAACGCUAAUAAAAUUAUCUAUGAGCACCAGUAA